CAAAAUAAAAACAAAACGCGUAAAAAUCAUCCGGGAAAAGUUUGCUGAACUUGUUUUUGCGAAAAAUUUAGUGUAAAAUGAACUAAAAUCCCCCGGAAAUCUGUCGCAAUCGUAAACUAAACCGCAAAUGACCGUUUCCAACCGAAGGAUACCGCGGCUGUCGGGUCACCGUGCUCAUUUACCACCGCCGCAACAUUUCCAGCAUCCUCCGAUGCUUGCUGGCGCCGGUGGGGGAGGUGGUGCUGGUGGUGGUGGGGAUGAUGCCGGCGGAGCUUCCACCAUGAAUGGCGAUGAAGAUGUCCAGUUCAGCCUGAUUGGAACGCCGUUUCCCAAGCACGUUCCAUUUCCGAACGUGGAGCACAGCUCCGAGCUGGUGAAUGAGUUUCUGAUUUUCGGGUUCACUAUUAUUGCCAGUGCGACACAGUUCCUGCACCUGUACCGGACGGUUUGGUGGCUGCCGAAUUCCUACACCCGGCAGGCGGUGAAUUUCUAUCUGAUCGACUGGGAUUUGGCCAUCUUCAUUUACGUAAUGGCCAGUAGGCGGUUACUCUACUGUUGCAUUCUCAAGUUGAUCGAUUUGAACUGUCCGGAGGCUUACGUAGACGUUAGCAAGAAGGUGGCCAAGUAUGUGUUCUUGGCAUGCGUUGUGAUCUCAUUCGUCGGCUGUGGAAUCCAAAUUUUCCAGAAGAACAGUUAUCUAUAUCUGUUCUGUCUGUCCUAUCCGUUCGUGCUGUACUUGACCAUUUUCGGAUUCAACCUGGAACAGUUUCUGAGGACGAUUGUGGACACGGAAGUGAAUUGUAUCAAUGGAAUGCCGGUGCACAGCUGUUCGUCGAAUGCCGUUUCGGUCCGAGCGGAGAUUGAUGCCCUGAAAACGGAUUUCAAUAAUCGCUUCAAGCAGAUUAUCUUUACGUCCGUCCUGAAUGCGUACUAUUCCGGAUUCGUCCCAUGCGUGCUGGUCCCAAAACAUCUGUAUUAUGACAUCUUCUGGGCCACGCAGCACCUCGGAUUCAUCUUCAUCGGUGGAUUCACGAUGUGCGUGGCGUACUGCUUCCCAGUCAAGUACUGCGACGUGUUUCAUCGGGCGGCGCUGCAUCUGGGACAGUGGAAUCGGAUGACCCACCGGUCACACCAUCCGCCGCCGUAUACGUGGUCCAAGUCGACUAUUUUCCCCUAUGGAACGUACGUACGGUACAUGGGAGAGAUCUACCGGGCGUCCGGGUUCUGCACUUCGGCCAUUCCGGCCAACAACAGUCACAUCCGGUUCUUCGUCAUCUUCAAAAAUCCGGCCCUGAUCUACCUGGUCCUGUUCGGAAUCCAGAUUGCACUAGUUGCCAUUCAGCUGCUGAUCCUGUGCCUGUCCCGCGAAUGGCACAACCUCAUCUCGAUCGCAUUCCUGCUGCUGGCCAACUAUUUUACGCUGUUCAAAAUCACCCGGGACUAUCUGAUUGCCAAGCGGAUCUACGCCGGCGAGAAUGCCAUCAACGAGAAGUUCAAGACUCAGUGAAAUGAUAGGGAUUGGGCGGUGUUCCGUCAUAGUCUCUCUUUCUCGUCAGCACAAAGGUAUGUUAUUUAUUCACACGAAUCAACAACUUACUUAACUUUUAAAUAACUAUUAAAAUACAUGCAACAAAGCUCAGAAUGAAUGAGCAUCUGAAUUCAA